AUGACUGUGACAAUCUUCAGCUGCGUUCUGGACCCACUCUACAGGUCGGUCCAAGUUGCUGCCACACACCUGCAUUCACCACUGGAUGUUGCCGUCUACACAUUGAAUUGCUUGUCAGCCAUACACUCCUUGGUCAUUCUUUACCCUUUCACUGAUUCACGACUUGAGAUGAUCAAGGCAUUGAUGGAAGGCAAUGAAGACGUACUAAUGGAAGGCAAUGAAGACGUACUAGUUUCUGAAGAGGCUUCCACGAUAUUAGCAAAUACAGGUCUUAUCAACCUAUACCAGAAGGCUUCUGCUCACGACAAAAAUCAGGGACCAUUGUCUGCUAUCCCUGGAAUGGAUGCAACCAGUGUAAAUAGCACACUGGUGCAAUUUGAUGCAUAUCUGGCACAACCAGAUAUAUAUCAACUAGAUCAGGUUUCAAAGAUCAGCAGCGCUCGAACUCGGGAAAGCGUCAAGCAAAGGACGGUGGAUAACGUGGUUGCUGCUUAUUCAACUGUUAUCAAAAAGCUGGAAGAUCCCGCAAAUGCCUAUGAAAAUGUCGCAUACAAAUCUGUUGAUCAGGUAAGGUAAAA